CCACUCUUCGCGAGCGUCGGCACCGAAAUAACACCGAGCCGAACCCGGGAGGAAGCCCCCGGCGGGGCGGGAUUGGGACUGAGCCCCCUCUUUCCCUGACUGGGAAUCGCGGGCGGGACGUUCCGGUGGAGCUGAGCCGCAGGAGCCGAACCCCCUGGUGCCCGGGUUGGUGCCCCCGCUGCCGGCAGGGAAGGGCCGUCGUGUUCGAGAUGUGCUGAGCCGUGCCUGUGCCGAGCCGCGCCGUGCCCGUGCCGUACCCGCCCCCGGGCGCGCCUCCUCGGCGGCGCGGGAGGAGGCGGCGCGGAGCAUCGGCGGCGCCCGGGCGGGGAUGGCGGCUCCGGGAGCUCUGGAGCCGGCGGCCGGCAGCGUGCCGGGCACCAAGGUGGAGCUCACCGUGUCCUGCCGGAACCUGCUGGACAUGGACACUUUCUCCAAAUCCGACCCAGUGGUGGUGCUCUAUGUGCAGGUCUCGGGGAGCAGCGAGUGGAAGGAGUUCGGACGCACCGAGGUGAUCGACAACACCCUGAACCCCGACUUUGUCCGCAAGUUUGUCCUCGACUACUACUUCGAGGAGAAGCAAAACCUCCGCUUUGAUGUCUACAACGUGGACUCCAAGAGCUGCUCCGCUUUAAAGCAGAAGGACUUCCUGGGUCAGGCAUUUGUGGCACUGGGAGAGGUGAUUGGGUCCCAGCGGGGACGCCUAGAGAGACCCCUGACGGGUGUCCCAGGGAAGCGGUGUGGGACCAUCCUGCUGCUGGCCGAGGAGCUGAGCAACUGCCGGGACAUCGUCACGAUGCAGCUGUGCGCCAACAAGCUGGAUAAGAAGGACUUUUUUGGAAAAUCCGAUCCUUUCCUCGUCUUCUAUCGUAGCAAUGAGGAUGGCACCUUUACAAUCUGCCAUAAGACAGAGGUGGUGAAGAACACACUCAACCCGGUGUGGCAGCCCUUCACCAUCCCCGUGCGCGCCCUCUGCAACGGUGACUAUGACCGGACAGUGAAGAUAGAUGUGUACGACUGGGACCGAGAUGGGAGCCAUGACUUCAUUGGGGAAUUUGCCACCAGCUACCGGGAGCUCUCACGAGCACAGAGUCAGUUCACAGUGUAUGAGGUGCUGAAUCCCAGAAAGAAAUGCAAGAAGAAGAAAUAUGUGAAUUCUGGCACCGUGACGCUGCUCUCCUUCUCUGUUGAGUCUGAGUUCACCUUCGUUGACUACAUACGGGGCGGGACACAGCUGAAUUUCACUGUUGCCAUUGACUUCACGGCCUCCAAUGGGUUGCCAUCACAGCCCACCUCGCUGCACUACGUGAGCCCCUACCAGCUGAGCGCCUAUGCCCUGGCACUGAAGGCAGUGGGGGAAAUCAUCCAGGACUACGACAGUGACAAGCUCUUCCCUGCCUACGGCUUUGGUGCCAAAGUCCCACCUGAUGGCAAGAUCUCCCACCAGUUUCCUCUGAACAACAAUGCGGAGAACCCCAGCUGUGCUGGCAUUGAAGGCGUGCUGGAGUCCUACCUCCAAAGCCUGCGCACCGUCCAGCUCUAUGGUCCUACCAACUUUGCUCCCGUCAUCAACCAGGUGGCUGGGACAGCCGCCCAGGUGACUGAUGGCUCACAAUACCAUGUCCUCCUCAUCAUCACUGAUGGUGUCAUCUCUGACAUGCUGCAAACCAAGGAAGCCAUUGUCACCGCUUCCUCCCUGCCCAUGUCCAUCAUCAUUGUGGGAGUAGGUCCAGCUGAGUUUGAGGCCAUGGAGGAGCUGGAUGGUGAUGAGGUACGGUUGUCUUCCCGGGGACGGUAUGCUGAGAGGGACAUUGUACAGUUUGUGCCAUUUCGGGAUUACGUGGAUGACUCAGGCAACCAGGUGCUGAGCAUGGCCCGCCUGGCCAAGGAUGUGCUGGCUGAGAUCCCCGAGCAGCUUCUCUCUUACAUGAAGACCCGUGACAUCAAGCCUCGCCGGGCAGGUCCCGAGUAGCUCUUCCAUGAGCCAUGGGACUGGCUGGUGAGGCAAGGAUAUAUCACCUUUUUUCUGCCGGUGGCCAGGGCUUAACUAUGGAGAUGUGGCCCCAUUAGGGAGAUAAUCAGCAGCUAUGGUUGGUCAAAACAGGGCUGAGACCCGCUUCUGGCAGUGAGACCACAGGGCUGGACAUCCUCGGCUGCCUCUUCCUCCUGCCAGAUGUCCUGCAGCCAAGGCAGGACUGUCCCUCGGCAGUGGCAGUGCGGGCAGGGCCAGCGCCGGGGAGGACACGGUGUGUGCGUGUGUGUAUCCCGAGAGAGCAGCCUGGCGUCUGCCCCAGGGGAAGGCUGACCCUGAGUGCCUGCCGGGGGUCUCAGCCUCGCUGCUUCUUGGGGCAGCGGCCUCGCCCUGCUCCUGCCUGCGCCCCAUUCCUGCCUGCACCCCGCUCCUGCCUGUGCCCUCUCCUCCGGCUCUGCUAACCCGGGCUGGCCGGCCUGCCUCAUGCCCUGCCCCACGGCCGGGGCUCCCAACACCGCGGGGUGCCGGGGAGAAGGGCAGGCGGGUUUCCUCCUGCGUUACCGACUGUAAAUAAACUGCUCAACCGGG